AUGGCUCCGAUAAAAGCCCCCCUCGCCCAAAGCGAAAGCAAAGCCCGCUUCUUCGAGCGUCUGGAAUUGAGCGAGGAAAAUGAAGUACAUCGUCGCCUGUACGCUAUGAUGAAGGAGGAAGCGGUGGAGGGGCGCAAACGAAUGACCGCCAGCCCGGAUUCCCUCGCACCACAAUAUAGAGACGAUCCCCGCGUGGAACCGCCGUAUAGCAAUGCCCAGAUCAGCGAGACGGCCAUUCACCGCGAAAUCAUGCGCAUCUACCACACCGCCCGGCGCGAGACGCGCGAGAUCUACGACCUGGGCCACGACAAUGAGCGGGUGGAGGAGGAGAAUUGGAUCAUCCGCUGGAUGCUGUGGCACGUGUUUCGCUAUCGGGACAAUCGAAAUCGACAUCGGCGGCAGAUCUCGCCCAGCAGCGACGAAGCUGCCACCGAUCUGGCCACACAUGGCUCCGUUCGCGGCGCCUCCACUUCCACUUCUCCUGUCGCGAGUAAUGCCAGCACAAGUCUCGGCACCUCAAGCAGCAUAAAUCAGACGCCCACUCGAUAUUGGGAUCCUGUCCGGGAGAACUAG